CCAUUUUGGGCGCUUCGCUGAUGGUGUCGGUGAGCGCGUUUCCCGCCUGAGCGCAACUAGCGGCGGGUCGCGGGCACCUCCAGGAGAGCUUCUGUUUCGCUCCCACACCCCGCUUUCCUCCUGCUAAUCUGCUAAUGCAGUAAAUUGGAAGACAACUGUUACCAGGAUAACCUGUAAUGGGCAAGGAGCCACAGAGAAGAAAACAUUUCUUUUAAUUUUUAAACUUGGUUUGAAAGACCAGCAUGUUUUGGAAAUUUGAUCUUCAUUCAUCAUCCCACAUAGACACACUUCUAGAAAGAGAAGAUGUAACACUGAAGGAGUUAAUGGAUGAGGAAGAUGUUUUACAGGAAUGUAAAGCUCAGAACCGCAAACUUAUAGAGUUUCUGUUAAAAGCAGAAUGUCUCGAAGAUUUAGUCUCAUUCAUUAUAGAAGAACCACCUCAAGACAUGGAUGAAAAGAUCAGAUACAAGUACCCAAAUAUAUCUUGUGAGUUGCUCACUUCUGAUGUCUCCCAGAUGAAUGAUAGACUGGGAGAAGAUGAGUCCUUGCUAAUGAAAUUAUAUAGCUUCCUCCUAAACGAUUCCCCCUUGAACCCACUACUUGCCAGUUUCUUCAGCAAGGUGCUAAGUAUUCUUAUCAGCAGAAAACCAGAACAGAUUGUGGAUUUCUUAAAGAAGAAACGUGAUUUUGUAGACCUUAUUAUAAAGCACAUAGGAACUUCGGCCAUCAUGGAUUUGUUGCUCAGGCUCCUGACAUGCAUCGAGCCUCCGCAGCCCAGGCAGGAUGUUCUGAAUUGGUUAAAUGAGGAGCAAAUUAUCCAGAGGCUUGUGGAGAUAGUUCAUCCAUCGCAAGAAGAAGAUCGGCAUUCAAAUGCUUCACAGUCACUUUGUGAAAUCGUCCGCCUGAGCAGAGACCAGAUGUUACAAAUCCAGAACAGUACGGAACCAGAUCCCCUGCUUGCCACCCUAGAAAAGCAAGAGAUUAUAGAACAGCUUCUAUCAAAUAUUUUCCACAAGGAGAAAAAUGAAUCUGCUAUAGUCAGUGCAAUCCAGAUACUGCUGACUCUGCUUGAGACACGGCGACCCACAUUUGAAGGCCAUAUAGAGAUCUGCCCACCAGGCAUGAGUCAUUCAGCUUGUUCGGUCAACAAGAGUGUUCUAGAAGCUAUCCGAGGAAGACUUGGAUCUUUUCACGAACUUCUGCUUGAGCCACCCAAGAAAAGCGUGAUGAAGACUACGUGGGGUGUGCUGGACCCUCCCGUGGGGAACACCCGGUUGAAUGUGAUUAGGUUGAUAUCCAGCCUCCUUCAGACAAAUACCAGCAGUAUCAAUGGGGACCUUAUGGAGCUGAAUAGCAUUGGGGUCAUAUUGGACAUGUUCUUUAAGUACACGUGGAACAACUUUUUACACACACAAGUGGAGAUCUGCGUUGCACUGAUUCUCGCAAGUCCUUUUGAAAACACAGAAACCAGCACCGUCACAGAGCAGGAUGCCACGGGUGACAGUUUGCUGCUGAAACAUCUUUUUCAAAAGUGUCAGUUAAUAGAACGAAUACUUGAUGCCUGGGAAAUGAAUGAGAAGAAACAGGCCGAGGGCGGCAGACGGCACGGCUACAUGGGACACCUGACCAGGAUAGCUAACUGUAUCGUGCACAGCACUGACAAGGGCCCCAGCAGUGCGGUGGUGCGGCAGCUCAUCAAAGGUCUUCCAGACGCGGUCAGGGAGCGAUGGGAGGCGUUCUGCGCAAGCUCCUUGGGAGAAACUAACAAGAGGAACACAGUAGAUCUAGUUACAACCUGCCAUAUUCAUUCAUCCAGUGAUGAUGAAAUUGACUUUAAAGAAACGGGUUUCUCACAGGACUCUUCUUUGCAGCAAGCCUUUUCUGAUUAUCAGAUGCAACAAAUGACGUCCAAUUUUAUUGACCAGUUUGGCUUCAACGAUGAGAAGUUUGCAGAUCAAGAUGACAUUGGCAAUGUUUCUUUCGAUCGAGUAUCAGACAUCAACUUUACUCUCAAUACAAACGAAAGUGGAAAUAUUGCCUUGUUCGAAGCCUGUUGUAAGGAAAGAAUCCAGCAGUUUGACGACGGCGGCUCUGAUGAGGAAGACAUCUGGGAGGAAAAGCACAUUACGUUCACACCGGAAUCCCAAAGGCGGUCCAGCUCGGGGAGCACAGACAGUGAAGAAAGUACAGACUCUGAAGAAGAAGACGGAGCAAAACAAGACUUGUUUGAACCCAGUGGUGCCAGUACGGAGGAUAAAAUGGAGGUAGACUUGAAUGAACCACCCAGCUGGUCGGCCAACUUCGAUGUCCCCAUGGAGACGACCCACGGUGCUCCCUUAGAUUCUGUCGGGUCUGAUGUCUGGAGCACAGAGGAGCCGAUGCCGACCAAGGAGACGGGCUGGGCUUCUUUUUCAGAGUUCACGUCUUCCCUGAGUACAAAAGAUUCUCUAAGGAGUAAUUCUCCAGUGGAAAUGGAAACCAGCACUGAGCCAAUGGACCCUCUGACUCCCAGUGUUGCCGCGCUCGGAGUGCAGCCAGAAGCUCCAGGUAGCAUGGCCAUGGAGGCCAGCUCUGAAGGAGAGGAGGACGCGGAGAGCACAGACAAGGUAACCGAGACCGUGAUGAACGGCGGCAUGAAGGAAACGCUCAGCCUCACUGUAGAUGCCAAGACGGAAACCGCAGUCUUCAAAAGCGAGGAAGGAAAACUGUCUACCUCUCAAGAUGCUGCUUGUAAAGAUGUGGAGGAGGGCCCUGAGACGGCAGGGGCGAAGUCUGCGGGCCCCCGGCCCCUCAGCGGUAGCCCAGAGCAGAGGACUGACCAGCCGAGCACGCCCGGCGACACGUCCGUCAAUGGCCCCGUAUGAUGAGGGGCCUCCGCUGCUGAGGGCCGCAGACCGCCACCGUUGGGGCCGCCGGAGUCUUCACCGGGAGCCCGCCCCGCCGCCACUGCUGCACUCGCUCUGCAAGGGAUCAGGACCAGCAACCUUUCUAUUCUAGAUUCUAAGACGCUGUACAGAGAAAUCCAGAAGUGUAAAAAUAUUGCACAUUGACAAAUACCAAGAAUUUUUGCGUAUGUUUAUAUUGUAUUGUUCUAAAUGAUGGGUAGCCUGUGAAAUACGAUCUUGCCACCCAUGUAAUAAUAGUAGUCAUACUAUAGUUAAAAUGGCUGUAAGAAUAGUUUUAUAAAAGUGAAUACACAGAUCUAUUGUAUUUGAAACAUAACUAUUUGACAAUUAUUAGUGUGACCAAAGUAUUAGGCCGUUUUCAUACAUUUUUCACCUUGUACAAAAAUUCUGAAUUCAUUUCCCUUCCAGGCUGGCGAGGAGUCGUAGGGCUGAAAACGCCCCUUAAGUGUUAUUUUGGUUGUUCUGACUUACAAAACGUGAUUUUGGAGAAGAAAUAUUUGGUGUUCUUUUUAUAACCAGCUUUUGAUUGGUAACUGUUUUCUGUAUUGUUUUAAACGGAUCAAAAAAUGUAAGUCUAUUGGUAGAGAUUGAGUAUUUAUUGCUACAACUUAGCUGAUAAAUUGAUGUUAUUGUAAAGCCAUAUGUUCUGUUAAAGUCUCGUUUGCUUGAAAUGGUUAUUCCUACAAGUGAGACACUAGACUGUGUGGAGUGUACAUGGCUUGUGGUUUGAGUUGCUUCGUUUUUCGUUUUCGUUUCUGUUUUUUGUUCUGUUUCAGUAGUUCCUCUGCCUUUUAACCCAUUCACCAAAAUUUACCUUGUUAACAAGCAUCACCAGUGAACAUUUCCGAGCAGUUUGCGUGUUUGGCGGACCUGCGAGGCGGGUCAGCUGGAGAGCGCUCAUGCCGCAGGCUGGUGUUAUAAACCCGGAAUCAAAACCCGGCCCCUAAGCAUGGUGAUUGUUUUCCUGUACCUUGUGAGGUUUUCCACUCGUAAAUUCUAAACCAGUGUAUUUUUUUUUUUUUAGAACUGGUUUGUGUAUAUAUAUAGUGAUUAUGGAUACUAAUUCAAUGUAAUUUAUAAUUUUCUAUGUCAAUAUAAAAAUACAUCACAGCCUUCUCAAACAGCUGAAGCAAUAUAUUGUAUAUUGCCAUAUCGUCUGGGGAAAGGGUUCAAUUACUUCACCUCUUGCACUUUUAGACGCAGAUCAGUUUUUCAUUUCUGUAAUAGAAAAUUAUUCACGUAUUUUUACAUCAUUUGUUUUUCCUGACCAGUAUUUAAAACCAAAAGGAUAUUCUGAAUAAUGGCCAACGAUUUUUUUAGAACUAGCAUCCCAAGCAGCGUGCCUAAACAUUACAUUGCAAAUGGAAAUAAAAAAAAAAUCAAAUGUUGAAUGCCUUAUUUCUUAUUUACUUUUCCAUUGUAAACGGUGUGGAAACUCGAGGUGAGUCUCACCAAGGCGGGCCCGGUGCGCCGGGGACGGUCGGCGGGGGUGCCGCCCCUGGCCUUGGCGCACCUCCUCAGGAACCCUGUCCGCGGUGAGCUCCUCCCUGAAGAGACUGUGCUCGUGCCCCCGCCUCCGGAAGCCAGCGCCGCCAGAGGACAGGCUCCUUCCAUUCGGCCCGAGGAUGCGGACUUCCAGGCCGGCCAGCUGCCGCCAGGGCCCGGCUCCAGGGCGCCGCGGUUCGGAGCCGGUUGGCUUCUCCAUCCCACCCCAGGUAACGCAGCGUCUCAUUUCAUCCCACCUCCUGCUGACGAGAGAACCCUCGAGGUUUGCCUCUGGAGUAGCAUUUUGUUUAGCUUGACCAGCGUGGCAGGGAGAAGACACGAGGGUAGAAGGGAGCGAGCGCCUUGGGGGCGGCGGCCGCGGGCCAGGAGCGAGCACGCUCUCAGUGCCUAACUUCUGUGUAAGGGCCACACCGAGUUGUGAGACUAACAAAUGUCUACAGUGCAGUACCUGUAUCAGAGAUAACUGCGACAAAAAUAAAGCCUGAUUCUUCGUUUCUA